AUGAUUGAAUCGGAAGUGGCUGAGACGCUCAUGAGUUUAUCCGCACCCGAUGAGCGCAAUCUUGAUGAUAAUCCGCUCUACGCAGCUGAACUGCCGUCAUCGUGGCAGGCUAGCAAAAAGCGUGCUUUUGCUGCUCUAAACGCGGGUGUUUUUAGCUCAUUGCCUUCAUCAAGCUCAAUGCAGUCGCAUGCCGAGUCAUAUAGCUCACCAAUGUCACUCUUGCAGCUCAAGAUUCAAGGUCGCCCGCUUACGUCCAUGAUUCCCGGUCGAGAGGACGCUGACAGCAGUAGCAGCGACGUUGACAUGGACUCGCGUGAAACAAGCGACAAGGCUAUCGAAAACUAUACGUGUCCAGCCUAUUUAUCACCCUUUGACGGUCUCGUAGCUGCUGCAGCCUCUAAUCGUGACGACAAUGACACUUACUCGUCUUCUAACAGCAGACCCAUUUCGAUUCCCAAGCGUGGUGGUAACGCCAAUAACAAUUUGAUAGGGUAUCGUGAGCCGGCUUCGUCGUCGUCGUCGUCGUCGUCCUGGAUCGAGGAUGAAUCUUUUCUUGGUCGCGACUGCAGUCCCACGGGCGUCGAGGAAGAAGACACGUGGUACGACAGCGAUUACAAACAACGCAUGCGUUUGGCAUCCGUGUGCUCGUCCGAAGGAAGCGAGUACGGUGGCUUGGGUCGUCAACAUUUGGAGGAGUUUAUCCGCAUGGAGAUCUCAGCUGCGAAUGAGAACGAACAGCAGAGGGAAGUUUCAUCCGACGGUAAGUACAUUGGCAGCUACUCUCCAGAAGCUCGGAGAAAGCGUAUUGAGCGUUUCCUCGAAAAGCGCAAACGCCGUGUAUGGGCCAAGAAGGUGGACUAUGACGUUCGCAAGAACUUUGCCAACUCACGCUUGCGCGUUAAGGGUCGCUUUGUAAAGAAGGAGGACGAGGAGCUGCUGUGUCAACUCUUGAGCUACACGUGA